AUGGUUAAAUGUUGCGCCUGUUUUGCGUUUCGUCGGGCGCAACAUGACCGUGAUUUAUUGGGCACAAACAAACCGUUGCUUCGUCAUAGCAGUACGGUCAGAGCAAUCCGACCGUUUCACCAUACAGGCGUCGUUAUUUCCGUCGGGCUCCCACCUUCAGUACGGUUCAGCCAUUCCAACAGCAAUGCAUACGCACCCCAAUCAAACCUACGACGCUUAUCUAGUGCCGCCCGGCUCGGUCCCAACGGCCGUACCCCCCGUUCAAGUGGCCCAGCAGAUAAGGCUGUAGAAUGA